GCUCCCCAGCUCGGUUCAUCGCUCUCUUGCCUCCGGCUGAAGGCACAUCCCCUCUCCCCUCCCGGCGGACAGACUUGUCUUGUAGGUGAGGAGAAUAAUGGCACCCGGCAGCGGCUCCUUCUCCCCUCUGCUUCUCCUCGGCAUCCUGCUCCUCUGCCCCGUCAGCCCUGUGGACUCCCGGGAAGCCGAACCUAAGGACAGGAGCAACCCAGAGAACCUCAUCGGCCUGCUGAGCCAGGAUGGGUGGCAGCUGCGAGCAGGGCAGGCCCGGAAGCAUGGCCUGGGCAAGAAGGACCGGGCGCCCAGCGGGUCUGUCCGGGGUCUGGGGCCCGACCAGCAGGUCUCCAUCCUCCCAGCCUCCUCUCCCGGGGGAGUUGAAACACUCGGCCUCCAAACGCCUGCGGCUCUGACGCAGGAUAAGGACCUAUUUCUGGGCUUUGAAUUUCCUUACCCUGAGAGAGAAAACCACUCCCCGGGCUCCGAAAGGGGAAAGAAACAGACCCGGGAGCACAAGCGGCGACGGGACAGACUGAAACAGCAGCGAGCCAGAGGUCUGGAUCCAGGGCCCAGUUCUCUGAUCAAGAAGGCCUGGAUUUCCGAAGAACAGGCCCAAAAUGCCCCUGUGGAGGAGUCGUCCACCAGCCUGGCUCCCAAUAUGCUGUUCCUGACCACCUUCGAGAACCCAGCAUCCACAGAGGAGUCAGUAGUCCUGCCCGCCACAUCCCCUAGGCCCCAGGUUCGGAUCCGGCCGGAUGGCGAGGUGAUGCCCACCCUGGACAUGGCCCUGUUUGACUGGACAGACUAUGAAGAUCUGAAGCCAGAUAUGUGGCCAUCCAUUAAGAAGAAAGAGAAACGCCGAAGUAAAAACCCGAGCUAUGGGAAUGAGACUUCGCUGCCAGAGGGGGAGCCUUGUGACCAUCACCUGGAUUGUCUCCCAGGAUCCUGCUGUGAUUUGCGAGAACAUCUCUGCACACUGCACAACCGAGGCCUUAACAACAAGUGUUUUGAUGACUGCAUGUGCACUGAGGGGCUACGUUGCUAUGCCAAAUUUCACCGGAACCGAAGGGUGACCCGCAGGAAAGGACGCUGUGUGGAGCCGGAGUCAGCCAAUGGCAACCAGGGGUCAUUCAUUAAUGUUUAGAGUCAGUGUGCUCAUUUCCCCACUGAUCUGUGGACUGGGCCCCGCAGGUUGGGGAAGGUGGGAAAGUUAUUUAUAACUAGCAAAGGAAAAACUAAAUGGUGGACCAGAUGACUGAAGCUGCAGCCUCUGAUCUCAGUGGGCUCAAAAAGAGGAAGACGGUAAUUGGCCUAGAGGGACUGGAGAUAAAUUACUGGGUUUGAUUAAGUAGGGAGAUGGUAGCCACAGCACAAUACACAAACAUAACAGGGUACAACUUCAAAUAAACUACUUCCUUCUUCCUACAGUGCCUUGGCUUACAACUAUGCCAACAUCAACAGAGCCCUCUACUGUUCUCCAAAAGUUCCGCAUUUCUACAAGACCAUAACCUUUGGCAGAAAAGCCCUGAAGUGGGAGAAGGGACCUCGAUUUUAGUCGGCUUCUCCCAAGAAAGUGGAGAACUCACAUGUCCCUGGGGAAGAAAAGCACUUCCGAUUGGGACAAGACAGUGUUCCUUUGUUACCUAGGCUGGCCUCAUCGCCUGAGGGAGGGGAGAAAAUCUCUGAGAAGGGCUGGGCCUGGGUUUUCUUGCUGCCUAAUUCAUUCAUUCAAUAGUAUUU